CUCCUCUUCCUCUUAUUUCUUCUCACCGCAUCUCCACCGCCACCUGCCACAGCAGCAAAGCAGCGAUGGAGAUCCUUUUCAAAUCCUCAUAAGCCAGAAGAAAAACAGCCCGAGAGAGAAGCAGAAGGAGGGGCAGAGGGAAAGUCAGGAAAGGUUGGAUACGGAUAGGAAGAGACCGCAACGCGGAGUGACAAACAGAAACAUAUGGUUUGUCAGAAGAGGGGCUGUUUUUGAGGACCGACAUAAACUUAUUCAACCGCCGACACUAACUAAAAGUUUGUGCAGGCUGGACUGCGGUGGCUGGACCUGCCUGGACCGAACACACACAACUCCCCCACAAGACGCCGUGCGGCCCAGAGGAAGCUCCCUGCACGGAGGAAAUUGAAUUAGACAACUUAUUCCCGCAGAAUAGGAGCAGUCUCCCCCCCUGGCUGAAAGCCAUGUCUGCACAGACCGUCACCAUCCCGGACGACCAUGCCUUCGCCAGCUUCAAGGUGGAGUGUUUGUGCGAAGACGGCUGGAUUCUGACCUACACCAAAGGGAGCAUUACGGUGUGGACCCAAGCCCUGGAGGAGGGCAAGUCCAUCCACAAAAUGAAGUGUUGCAUGGCAUGUAAGGACGUGUCGGCAGAGACGAUGUACGAUGUCCUCCAUGACAUCGAAUACAGGAAGAAAUGGGACUCGAAUGUCAUUGAGACCUUCGAUAUUGGAAAACUUACAGUCAAUGCAGAUGUCGGUUACUACUCAUGGAAAUGUCCGAAACCUCUUCGGAACCGUGAUGUCAUCACGCUUCGCUCCUGGCUUCCAAUAGGGAAAGAUUACAUCAUUAUGAACUACUCCGUCAAGCAUGCAAAAUACCCUCCAAAAAAGGACAUGGUGCGAGCUGUUUCCAUUCAGACUGGCUACAUGAUCCAGAGCCAGGGGCCUAAUGACUGUACCCUUAUUUACAUGGCCCAGGUAGAUCCACGAGGUUCAUUACCCAAGUGGGUUGUCAACAAGUCUUCCCAAUUCCUUGGCCCUCGCGCAAUGAAAAAAAUCAGCAAAGCCUGCUUGAAGUAUCCGGAGUGGAAGCGGAAACAUAACCCUAGCCACAAGCCUUGGCUCUACCCAGAACAGACAACAUUACCCACCAUCAAUAUGUCAGAGCUGAGCAUCCAGCACGCAGAAAGCCUGGAGAAUAUUGAUGAGAGCACGGUGACGGAGACCCAUGAGAGAGAUGACAGCGACUAGCAGAACCGCGCACGCACACAAACAGCAAUUCAGGGAUGCAUAAAUACCUGAUAAACAUCCAUAAUGAUAUGUUUAUGUGUGUGAUUCUGUUUGUAAUUAUGUGUGUGGAUUUGCAUACAAGAUUGCGUCCGUAUACAUGAAAUGCAUAUGCAAGUGUACCAGUUGGGGGAACAUGCAUGUCAGCAUUUCUGCAUUAAUGCAAACUCGUACUUUACCCAUUCAGUCACGUACUCAUAUAUCAUAUCAAUACAUCCACAUGCGACAAAGAUCCACUCACACACCCCCCACACACUUGCAAUGCAAUUAAACAAUACUUAUUUAAACAGGUCAAUAAAUGAAAUUUGGUCAAUGGAAAGUAUCCGUAAAUGUGUUUUUUUUUUUUUUUUUUUUUUCCAGAAAUAUCAACAUUUUCUUAUUGGGACCUAUGCAGGUUUUAACUAUCCAACUAUGUUUUGUGAUAUUGCUGGAUGUCAAAAUCACACUUCUUUAAAUAAAUCUCACCUCUUAAAGUUACACAUACAGACACAGUGCACACUACACCGACGCAUUCAAACAUGUACAGGUACAGUUUGUAUCCCUCUGGCUAUUUUUCUCUGUCCCUUGUGUCUCUCCAUCACAUUUUGUAAGCACAUAAUAAAUAUGCAAAUGUGCAGAAGGCAGCUGGAACUCCAAUGUCAUACCUUUUUCUCUUGAAAACACAGAUUUACACACACACUCUCUACUAUUACUAUUUGAGAGAUGUUUGAAUGUAUGUAGACUUUAAAUAUUAAACAGAUUCCUACAGAGGUUUUCAAAUUUAA